AUGAUAAAUGCAUCGGUUGUAUGUUCUCUUCUCACAGAGAAGUUUUCUCAAUCUACAGGAUCGAGAAAAAUUAGUCUUCAAUCUCCAUCAGCACGUGAAGAAGAGGUUACCAAUCAUUUAGCUGAAUUAUUAAAUACAAUUAUCAACUGUCAUGAGUUUACUGUAGAAAGUGAAAUUUCUCUUGAUUACAUUUCCCAUGAUUUAACCGAAGAUGAAAUUGAUCAAUAUGCUGUAUCAGAAGACUCUGAAUUAGAUCCUGAUUUUAACGACACGGACAAUGAGGACAGUGAUGGUCUUCUUCAAAAAUUUUCUUUAGAUUAUAUGAAAAAGGUAAUAACAACCAAACAAGUAACAAGUAAAGAAGAAGUUCAACAUUCUGCUGAUGAAUUUGUAUCAACUGUACGAAAUCUUUUACCAAAAUAUAAUCUUGAUUAUGUGAUAAACACAGAUCAAUCUGGUAUUCAACUUGAGUUUUAUUCAACUCGAACCCUUUCUUUUAAAGGGGAAAGAAGUACUGCCAUAAAUGUUCGUUCGAAGAAUGCGACCACACAUUCAUUUACCGUGCAACCAUGUGUCAGCCUCAGUGGCAAACUUGUCGGACCACUUUUCCUUUGUUUAAAAGAACCCGCUGGUUAUUUAAGUGAAAAUGUUCGAGGUCGUCUAUUCAAAGCUCCUAAUAUAGUAGUAUCGUGUAGUAAAUCCGGCAAACUCACGACUGAUCUUGUGAAAUUUUGGCGAGGUAAUGUCUUACUUCCUUCCAUUGCUUCUCAUCAUACUCUUCUCAUCUCUGACUGCUGGCCUGAUCAAAGUAAUAUUACAGGUAUUUACGACAAUAUUAACAAACUUUAUCGACUUGAAUUACCUAAACAUACCACCACACAAAUUCAGCCGUUGGAUUUAUUUUACAAUAAUCAGCACAAAUAUAUAGCUCGUCGUAUGUUCGAUCGAGUACUACUUGAUGGUCUUGAUAUUAAUUUAAGUGAAUCAAUUGGACGUAUGAUUAUUAUUAAUCCAUCAUUACAACAUGUUCCAAAACGUUUUAUUAUUCAAUCAUUAGAAAAAGAAUCGACAGUUCGAUUACGACAAAUGAGUAUUGCUCGAACGGGUAAUAAUAAAUUGCGAAAAAAUAGUUUUCAACUUGUUUCAUUCGAUUAUUCUCAAUUGGAAUUACGCAUUCUUGUUCAUCUUUCCAAUGAUAAUAAAUUAAAAACACGUUUAAUAAAUGAUACUGGCUUUUUUAUGUCAUUUGCUGCUGACCUUUUAAAAAGACCAUUUGCACCUGAAAUACGUAUGAAUAUAAAUGAAGCUGAAGAAUUUAUUGAAAAUUUUUAUACAACAUUUCCAAUAAUGACUCAAUUUAUUGAUGACAUUAUAUUAAUCAGUAUAACAAAUGAUGUCAGCUAUCUUUAUCUUUUAUCUUCUUUAAAACAGUUUGUUGUUAUAUAUUUAAAAAAUCCUAUUGUAAUAUGA